GUGAGGAUCCUCCUCCCGAGGAGAAAGGAAACCAGGAGGGAGGCGCGGAGGCGGCCAUGGCCGAGUCCGCGGACGCCGCCGGAGCCGCCGCCGAGCAGGAACCGGAGCCGCUGCGGCUCAAGCAGCUCCGCGGCAGCGGCGGCUUCUUCACGGUGCCCCCGGAGCACAGGCUGGGAAGAUGCCGGAGCGUGAAGGAGUUCGAGAAGCUCAACCGGAUCGGGGAAGGGACCUACGGCAUCGUGUACCGUGCCCGAGACACCCAGACCGACGAGAUUGUGGCCCUCAAGAAGGUGCGGAUGGAUAAAGAGAAGGAUGGCAUCCCCAUCAGCAGCCUGCGAGAGAUCACACUCUUGCUGAAGCUCCACCACCCCAACAUCGUGGAGCUGAAGGAAGUGGUGGUGGGGAAUCACCUGGAGAGCAUUUUCUUGGUGAUGGGUUAUUGCGAACAGGAUCUCGCCAGCCUCCUGGAGAACAUGCAGGUGCCCUUCUCUGAAGCUCAGGUAAAAUGCAUCAUUCUUCAGGUUCUCAAAGGGCUUCAGUACCUGCACGACAGGUUCAUCAUUCACAGGGACCUGAAGGUGUCCAAUUUGCUCAUGACUGACAAAGGUUGUGUGAAGACGGCGGACUUCGGGCUGGCUCGUGCGUACAGGGUGCCGGCGAAACCCAUGACGCCCAAAGUGGUCACACUCUGGUACCGGGCGCCUGAGCUCCUCCUGGGGACGGCCACGCAGACCACGGCCAUAGAUAUGUGGGCGGUGGGGUGCAUCUUGGCCGAACUCCUGGCCCACAAGCCGCUGCUCCCAGGCAAUUCCGAGAUCCAGCAAAUCGACAUGAUUGUCCAGCUCCUGGGCACGCCCAACGAGACCAUCUGGCCCGGAUUCUCCAAGCUGCCCCUGGUGAGCCAGUACACCCUCCGCAAGCAGCCCUAUAACAACCUGAAGCACAAGUUCCCCUGGCUGUCUGAGGCUGGGCUGCGCCUCCUCAAUUUCCUCUUCAUGUACGAUCCCAAGAAAAGGGCCACGGCGGGUGAAUGCCUGGAGAGUUCCUACUUCAAGGAGAAACCGCUCCCCUGUGAGCCCGAGCUGAUGCCGACCUUCCCUCACCACCGCAACAAGCGGGCGGCCCCGAGCGCUGGCGCUGAGGGUGCAGGAAAGCGGAGCCGCCCGUGAGGAGGGCGCCGGCGGCUGCACCUGGACCAAACGGAAGAGAGGCACCAGCCAAAGCUGAAACCGCUUAGACUCUCCCUCGGAGUCGCCAGGCACGAUCCCCUUCCGGGCCACGUCAGGUGCCGGCGGCAGAGCCAACGAUGCGCGGUUCCCCUGUGGCCCCUGGCCGCCUCACCCAUCUGACCCUCCUGCGUCACGAGCGCUGUCCUCCCUGCCAUCCAGAGACUGAAUCUGCAGCCCUUUCCCAGAGCUGGGGAACAGCUCCUUUUAUGUGUGUUUUUUGCUCAUUCCAAUUCCAAGUGUCUCCCCCUCCCCCCAAACCAGUGUGGUCCAGUGUUGGUGCGAUUCUGGGCACUGUAAUCCAAAAGACAUUUGCAAAAAAAAAAAAAAUGUGUGCAGAGAACUCUGGCUGGGGGGGGGGCUGUGCCUGGCCAAGAGCAUUUUCCUGUUACCUGGAGGCUGUGUGGACAGGGGGGGCUUCCUUCCAGGUGGCUGGAAAGAGGACAGGGCACGGAGGCGGAAAGGCAUGCAGAUGUGUAACGUUUCAGAGCCAUGUUAGGGGCCGAGGCACCUUCAUCCAUCUACCUGAGCAGCUGCCAAGGCACCUUCCUGCCCCCCCCCUUUUUUUCAUCCCUGCUUCCCAGGCGUGGGAAGAUGGGGGCGGGACUCUUACAAAUCUAUUGGUUUUCUGGACAGAAUUAGAAACAGUGGAUUUGAGUCA